CUAUAUAAAGAAUCUCCGAUUCCCCUGUUCUUUCAAUUACCCACGGUUGACUCUCUGUUUUGGAGAUUGGAUUGUUCGUUUCUUCGGCUAAGUACAGGCCAAUCCUCCAAUUCCACAAGUUUCUUCAUCCUCUACAAUCUCCCUCAAAUGACUCGCGGAAACCAGAGGGAGAAGGACCGAGAGAGGUCUCAGGCUCGCAACUCUGGCAAGGGUAAAACCAAGGACGAUGGUUUGACCCCCGAGCAGCGCCGUGAAAGGGAUGCUAAGGCGUUGCAAGAGAAGGCGGCGAAGAAGGCGGCUCAGGCGGCAUCGGGAGGUAAUUCAUCCGGAGGUAAAAGUAGCACUAAAAAGUAAUUAUGGGUCCUGGGUUUAGAAUCGUGAACUAUGUCGAUUUUUCUUAGCUUUGUUCUUGUUGGAACGCUGAGAUCUCGUGGUUCUUAGACUGUUUGAUUAUUGGAGAAAUAACCUUUGUAUGUUUCAGUAAUGUGAAGGGAUAUAUAUAUUAUGCUGUCAACGUUAAUUGUUGAUUAUUGUUUUUCAUGAUCUUAGUACUCUUGAUAUGUACUUGCUGUUAAUGCUGAUUUUGUUGA